AGACGUAUUCAUGGAGUCUCUGCAAUUUCCCUCUCCUUCGAGGCUGUUUCUCUUCUCCUCUGAAAUCUCGUUAUAUAUUUCUGCGUUCUUUUUGCCUUUCUCCGCCUGGAGUUUGAUUGAUUUCUCUUCAUACUGUUUGGUACCACUAUGGCUAAUUAUACCCCUAAGAACAUCCUCAUAACUGGGGCUGCUGGGUUUAUUGCUUCGCAUGUUGCUAAUCGGCUCAUACGAAACUACCCAGACUACAAGAUUGUUUUGCUUGACAAGCUUGAUUACUGCUCGAACCUGAAAAACCUCCUUCCCUCCAAGUCAUCUCCAAACUUUAAGUUUGUGAAGGGUGAUAUCGGCAGUGCUGACCUUGUCAACUACCUCCUCAUCACCGAGUCUAUUGACACAAUCAUGCACUUUGCAGCACAAACUCAUGUUGAUAAUUCAUUUGGCAACAGCUUUGAGUUUACCAAGAACAAUAUCUACGGAACUCAUGUUCUGCUUGAAGCUUGCAAAGUCACUGGCCAAAUCAGGAGGUUCAUCCAUGUAAGCACAGAUGAGGUUUAUGGGGAGACAGAAGAGGAUGCUGUUGUAGGAAACCAUGAGGCUUCCCAACUUCUGCCAACAAAUCCAUACUCUGCUACAAAAGCUGGUGCUGAAAUGCUUGUAAUGGCAUAUGGUAGGUCGUAUGGAUUACCUGUGAUUACGACCCGUGGAAACAAUGUUUACGGUCCCAACCAGUUCCCUGAAAAAUUAAUCCCAAAGUUUAUUCUCUUAGCAAUGAGAGGGAAGACUCUUCCAAUUCAUGGGGAUGGGUCUAAUGUGAGGAGUUAUUUGUAUUGUGAGGAUGUGGCUGAGGCAUUUGAAGUCGUUCUUCAGAAGGGUGAAGUUGGCCAUGUUUAUAAUAUUGGAACAAAGAAGGAGAGGAGAGUGAUUGAUGUGGCCAAAGAUAUAUGUAAACUAUUUUCUAUGGAUCCCGAGACUAGCAUCCAGUUUGUCGAAAACAGACCAUUCAAUGACCAGAGGUAUUUUCUUGAUGAUCAGAAACUGAAGAACUUGGGAUGGUCUGAGCGAACAGUAUGGGAAGAGGGGUUGAAGAAGACCAUAGAAUGGUUCACUCAGAAUCCUGAUUGGUGGGGUGAUGUGUCCGGUGCACUGCUUCCACAUCCAAGAAUGCUGAUGAUGCCUGGUGGUAAACACUUCGAUUCUGAAGAAGGAAAAGAUUCAUCAUAUGAAACUGGUUCUAAUCAGACUCGAAUGGUGGUUCCAACCUCCAAAACUAGUAGUUCUCCCCCAAAAUCAGGCUUGAAGUUCUUGAUCUAUGGCAGGACCGGCUGGAUUGGAGGUCUACUUGGUCAGUUAUGUGAGAAACAAGGUAUUCCCUUUGAAUAUGGAAGAGGGCGCUUGGAAGAUCGCUCAUCACUGAUGGCAGAUAUUCAGAAUAUAAAGCCAACCCUUGUUUUUAAUGCUGCUGGUGUGACCGGUAGGCCCAAUGUUGAUUGGUGUGAAUCUCACAAAACCGAAACAAUCCGCACCAAUGUGGCUGGGACCUUGACCUUGGCAGAUGUUUGCAGAGAACAUGGGCUUUUGAUGAUGAAUUUUGCUACCGGGUGUAUAUUCGAGUAUGAUGCAGGACAUCCCGAGGGCUCUGGCAUUGGGUAUAAAGAGGAAGAUAAACCCAAUUUCAUUGGAUCCUUCUAUUCAAAGACCAAAGCUAUGGUUGAAGAGCUGUUGAAAGAAUACGACAAUGUUUGCACUCUAAGAGUUCGGAUGCCGAUUUCAUCUGACCUAAACAACCCUCGCAACUUCAUCACCAAGAUUUCACGCUACAACAAGGUAGUCAACAUUCCCAACAGCAUGACAGUCUUGGAUGAACUCCUGCCGAUUUCAAUCGAGAUGGCGAAAAGGAACCUGAAGGGUAUCUGGAACUUCACAAACCCUGGUGUUGUGAGCCACAACGAGAUCCUGGAGAUGUACAAGGCAUACAUUGACCCCAAGUUUCAGUGGGUGAACUUCACAUUGGAGGAACAAGCCAAGGUGAUCGUCGCCCCUCGAAGCAAUAACGAAAUGGACGCAUCCAAGCUGAGGAAAGAGUUCCCUGAUCUGCUAUCGAUCAAGGAAUCACUGGUUAAGUAUGUCUUCGAACCCAACAAGCGAACCUGAGCCUAUUAAAAGCAGGUUCCGGGACUAGAACCGAGUAUUGUCCUCUGCUUGCUGCUGCAUUUAGUUAUUUCCAGGAAUAUCACUUCAGUUUCAUUCAUUUGUUAAUGUUGUCUUCUACCACAUUAAUUUUACUAAAAUAAAACCUUAAGGUAUUACUA